AUGACAGAAAAAGAUUAUUUUAUUUUACCAAUGGCAUCAAAUAAUAAUAUGACGAAUAUGUUCCGUCCGUCGUUUCGUAAUUUUUUUAUAUUUUUUAUAAUUUAUAUAAUAGGAUUUUCAUUUUUAGUAGUGUAUUUAGAACAAAGUAAAUGGGAUAGCACCGAAAGAACAUUGAAUAAUUUAGCUAAAACAGUGAAAGAACAAAAUGAACUAAUAGAACAAAUAUAUCAAUUUAAUGAUAAAUUGGUAAAUGAUGUUAAUAGUAAAAAAAAGACAGUUAACAAGAAUUUACCAACAAUAUUCGCCAUUACACCUACAUUUGCUAGACCGGUGCAAAAAGCUGAACUCACAAGACUUGCACAAGCAUUUCUUCAAGUGCCUAAUUUUCACUGGAUUGUGGUUGAAGAUUCAGCAACGAGGACCAAUUUGGUGACUAAUUUCCUCUGGGAAAGCGGAUUGAAUUAUCAGCAUUUGAAUGUAAUCACACCUUCCAAUUAUAAAUUGGGAAUAAAUGAUCCUCAUUGGAAAAAACCGCGUGGUGUUGCACAAAGAAAUGCUGCUCUGAAUUGGUUGAGAAAUAAUUACAAUACUAGUACAAAUGGUGUUGUUUACUUUGCGGAUGACGAUAAUACCUACUCUAUAAAAUUGUUUAAAGAGAUGGAGAAGAUAAAAGUGGUUGGAGUUUGGCCUGUAGGUUUAGUCGGCGGAUUAAUGGUUGAACGGCCGAUUUGUGAUAAUACAACAAACAAAGUUAUUGGGUUCAAUUCAGUUUGGAAACCUGAACGGUCGUUUCCAUUAGACAUGGCUGGAUUUGCGAUAAAUCUCAAGAUAUUACUGGAAAAAAAAGAUACAGCAUUUUCUUUUCGAGCCAAGCCUGGUUAUCAAGAAUCAGAAUUUCUUGAGCAGCUGGUCACACGGGAUCAACUGGAACCAUUGGCUGAUUGCUGUACAAAAGUUUAUGUUUGGCACACAAGAACUGAAUCUCCACCACUACGCGAUGAACAACGUUUAAUUAAAAUGGGCAAAAAAUCUAAUGACAAUAUUGAAAUAUAA